GCUCGUGGAAACUGCGUGAUGGCGGUGUAGGCAAGGCACAGUGCGUCAGUCUCAGUUUAUUCCAGUCAGGAGCUGGGAAGAGAACGGGAAUACGCUGCAAGAGAAAAGGGAAAUAAAAAACAGUCUCGGCGUACCAAAAAAGCGUUCUUGCCGUUACUUCGUUGCUGGCUUUCUAAGCAAUCACAUGAGAGCUCAGCUUUACCGAAGUGUGCCCCGCCGCCUGCUGCACUCUGGCAUUACUGCGGUAAUCAGAGAUUUUCUAGAUAGUCUCCGUGUCUCGAGCUAGGCGGCUAACCGCCUCUCAGUCGCGUGAGUGGGACGCCUCGGGACGCUCGCGUGCAGGAAGGCUAGUCCGAAACGGUGUCUCAAUUCGGCCAAAUGGUAAAAUAGCUAGUUAGAACCUAGAAAGGGGCAUUUCAUUUUUAGUGUACGCUAGGAAUUUUUUUUGUUUUUUUUCUUUCUCUUAAAAUCGGCUACGUGGGCUAAGCUAGCCUAAACAUUAUUUUGGGGAUGUGUGGUGGGAAUGUGUCACUGUAUCUUCCCUAGCAGCUCAGAUGAUCCUAACUGCUGUCUGGAAGGUUCACACAUUAUGUGAAGUAAAAUGAGCAGGUGAGCUGGUGUCAAUGAAUGCUCUGCUUUACCAUGAUGACGGAUCAGCCACACCCCCCUCUGGAGGCCACGCCCAUGCUGUCUGACGUGUCUCUUGUUCCUCACAUGCUCAAUGGAGAUAGCAUGCAGCAGAUGAUCCUGGUUCAGGUGAAUCCUGGGGAGACCUUCACGAUCCGUACAGAGGAUGGGCAUGUCCAAUGCAUCACAGGUCCAGCACACGUGCCCAUGGUCUCCCCCAAUGGCACCAUGCCUCCCAUCUUUGUGCCCCCUGGCUAUAUGUCUCAGGUGGUGGAGGAGAAUGGCAUGCGGAAAGUGGUGGUUUUGCCCCAUGCCGCCGAGUUCCACCCCUCCAUGCCUCUGCCGCCACUGCACGUGCCACAGUACCUUCACCCCCACCCAGCGAUGCUCCACCAGCACCCCAUCUAUCCCAGGGAGAUGGCCCCCCAUUUUGUUCAUCAGCUUCCCCCUCCACAGAUGUACAGUGAGCAGGACGUGCCAUGUCAUGGUGUGUCUCUGCCUCCGCGGGACGAGCGUGCCACAAAGCAGCAGGAACACCUACACCGCCGUCUGAACACCAGUAGCAGUGUGCGGGUCUCUCGCAGCCCCCCACCAUCCCCACUCAAGGGCCCUCCCCCUGCUCCUGUCCACAAUGGGCACAACAAGAGCGGAGCGACGCCAGCAGCUUCCCCGGGACCCACGAAACCCAAACUCCCCAGCAAGACCUCAGCGUCACCGCCGCUGGACCGAGAGAAUGCCGGUGAGGUUGUCCGUACGGAUCUGCAAGCGUGCGCAGACGUGGUGACUGAAAUAAGGACGGUGAUGGAGCUGCUUUCCAGCAUGAGCAAACCCACUGUGCACAGCAUUACAUCUUGCUCGGCCGACCUGUCCUGGGCCUCCCCAGCUGGCGUGCGGAAUGUGGAUACCCCCAGUGCACAGGCACCCCUCAUCCUCAGCUAUGAGCUGGCUUUCUCUCAGAAUGGCACUGAGGGCAGUUUCACCCCUGUGUAUGUGGGUGGGGAGACCUCUUUCACGCUGGAAGAACUGCGACCAGCUACAGGUUACCACGUCAGGGUCUGCGCCUCCUGCGGCUCCGUGAAGGGCUCCCCCUCUGAGGCAGCCGGCUUCACCACACAGAGCGCCCCCCCGGAUGCCCCGGCCCCUCCCCGACUCAUCGUGCGCAGCAAAAGCUCCCUGGUGUUGCAGUGGAAGGCACCCAGCGACAAUGGCUCAAAGAUCACUGGGUAUCUCCUAGAGUAUGAUGAAGGAAAGCAAAGUGCCUUCAAGGAGAUUUAUUUUGGGCAUGCCAAACAGUACAAGAUCAUCAGACUGAGCCCUUCAACAAAAUAUUCCUUCAGAAUAGCUGCUAAAAAUGACGUGGGAAUGAGCCCUUUCAGCGAGGUGCUGACAUGCUGCACCGCUGGCAGUGCUCCUCAACCACCAGCACCCCCCCAUCUGGCUGCUGCAGGUGUGUCCUGGCUGACCCUGGAAUGGAGCGCCCCCUGUGGGCCUUCUUUUGGAGAUGCGUAUACCUACACCCUGGAAAUGGAAGAGGAGGGAACGGGUUAUGGUUUCAAGCCCAAACACAACGGGGAGGAGCUCUCCUGUACUGUAAAAGGCCUCCGAAGGAGCACAGCCUAUAAGUUUAGGGUGCUAGCAGCCAACACGGAAGGUCGCAGUCAGCCCAGCACAGCGGUGGAAUUCAUCACCCAACCUGACAAGCCCGGGGCCCCCGGCCAGCCCUCUCUGAAGGGCCCAGCGCAGCCGCACUGCCUUCGUGUGGCCUGGGACAUACCCAAAGAUGAUGGCGGCUCUGAGAUCAAGCAGUACGUGCUAGAGAUGAGCCAGAGUGACAGUGGGAGCCCAUGGGCCGUAGUGUACAGUGGGCCACAGAAAGAACAUGUGUGUGAGGGCUUGGAGGCAGGGACCUGCUACAGCCUAAGGGUUUACUGCGAGAGCGCUGGGGGACAGAGCCAGGUCUCAGACGUCCUCUUGGUGCAGACGGCUCCCGUGCCUCCCGGGCCGUGCCAGGCGUUGCAACUCAGGGGGAAGGCCAAGCCGCGGGAGAUACCCCUUACCUGGGCACCCCCUGUGUGGGAUGGUGGUGCGUCCAUAUCCCAGUAUACAGUGGAAAUGGCGGAGUCUGCAGAGGGGCCCCGGUGCCCCCUGUACCAGGGCCUGGAGACUGACUGCACUGCCAGCCACCUGCUGCCUGGUCACUCAUAUUGUUUCUGGGUGAAAGCAGCCAACCAGGCUGGGUGUGGUCCACUGUCAGAGAUGCAGGAGCUCUCCACAGCCCCAGGGCCACCAGAGCAGUGUGGUCCUCCAGAGCUCACCCUGAAGACAGCCAACUGUGUGCUGGCCAGCUGGGAGGUCCCUGCCUGCAACGGGGCAGAGGUGUCCGAAUUCCGACUGGAGUGGGGGGCUGCCGAGGGUGCCCUCAUGGUAGCGUACUGCGGACCAUCACGCAGUUAUGAAGCUCGCGGCCUGCUCCCCGCUACAGUUUACUACUGCAGGGUUCAGGCAGGGAAUUCUGCAGGCACAGGGCCCUUUGGGGACAUUGCCAUGGUGACAACACCACCAUCAGUUCCAGCUGCGGUACGGCUGGUGGAGGUAGUAGGUGAAGAUACGCUUCCUGAAAGCAUGCCUGGCCCUGCCUUCUCCUGCCUGGCAUUGCAGUGGGAGGAGCCUUGUUGCAAUGGCACAGAAAUAACAGGCUACAAUAUUGACUAUGGGGAGCAGCUCCCCUUGUCUAUUGGGAGGAUCAAUCACUGCGUGCUGGAGAAUCUGCAGCCAGAUACAACAUACAGGGUGCGUGUGCAAGCAGUCAACAAUGUUGGGCCGGGUCCUUUCAGCACUGUGCUGAAAGCCAAAACGCGGCCCCUCCCCCCUGAGCCGCCCCAGCUGGAGUGUGUUGCCACAGGCCCCCAGAGUCUGAAGCUCAAAUGGGGCGAGGGCUCGAACCGGGCGCAGCCGAGUGGAACCACGCAGUUCUGUCUACACAUGCAGGCCAGCGCAGACAGGCUUGUGUGCAUCUACAGCGGCCCCUGCCACACGUUCAAGGUGCAGCGGCUGGCUGAAGCCACGCUGUACCACUUCAGCAUACAGGCACAUAAUGAGGCCGGAGUGGGGCCGCUCUCGACCCUCUACAGCUUCAGCACCAGCAGGUCUCCACCAGGCCAGCUCAAGGCCCCGCGCAUCGAGUCGCUGGAGUGGAAUCAGUAUGAGGUCACAUGGGAGGCCCUACCGCCAAUGAGAGGAGACCCCAUCGUGUACACUCUGCAGCUGCAGCGGGGACGUGAGGCUGAGCAGCUCUACAGAGGCCCUUCUGCCACAUACAAGUGGCAAGGUGUUGUCCCAGGCUCUGACUGGCGUGUACGCGUGUGUGCGGGUCGAAAAUGCCCAGACAGCGGAGAGCUGUGGGGGCCAUACAGCCCUAGCACCUCCCUGCCUGCCAUGGAGCCCCCAGGGGCCUCAGAGGGAGGGCCCAAAGCCACAGCCAGAGAAGGCGGCACCUCCAAGAUGGGAAGAGCCAUCACAGAUGAACAGUUUGCCUUGCUGCUGCUUCUGGGCUUUUCUACGGUGGCCAUUCUCUUCGCCGUGGUCAUCCAGUACUUUGUCAUCAAUGUCUGAUGUCAGUCGACUGGUCGAGGUGCAAGGUUCUCUGUCAUCUGCCUUGGCUGACUGGCUGUCGUGAUUCACCAUGGAAACUCCGAGCUGCAUCAUGGGAUUUCCUUAAGACUAGAUCAUUUCAGCUUUAUACUGUACACUGUCAGUCAGAGCAACUGUGAAUUAAGCUCUGUUCUCUAUUAAACUAUGUGCGUUUUUAACAGAGGAUGGAAAAAUGAAAAGGGAGAAGUUGCCAAAGUUUUUAUAAGAGUGACAUGUAUGAAGAAAAGCUCCUCUAAGAGGGGUUGGGGGUUCCCAUAUUUUAUUUUUUUAGUCUGAUUAAAAAAAAAAAAAGGUAAAAGAAUCCACUAACAACGAAUUUCAAAGAGACACAAGUUACCUUGUUAAAAUAAUUGGGAGAAUUUUUGUUUGUCAUCACCUGUGUGUGUGUAUGUGUGUAUAAACAUACAUGUUAUGUUUAUGUAUAUAUAAAUGGACAGUACCUAUAAGAGAUACGAAAUACACAUUGUUAUAAAUGUCUCUAUUUGGCUCAAACUGAGCACCAUGAACCUAUUAUGUAUUUGUCAAAAUGUGUGUGCUUUGUACCGUUUGGACAUUCAGGCUCAAAGAUGGGGGGGAGCAACAGCCUUGUUUGGUGUGUCUCUGGAGAAUAGAAUUGAGUUCACAUUGUCAGUAUGGUCGCCCAGUAUCACCCAUGAUUAUACCCAUUUGUAUUAUAAAAUCCUACAUCGUUGGCCAAUCUGAGGUCCACGUUAGGCAUCGUUUCUAUUAUCCUUUCUGUAUGCCCAACUUGACUUUGCACCUAGGCCAUUGUUGAGCCAUUCUGCUGAGCUAUAGCCUAUAAGGGCAUUCCUCUUGGUAAUUUUAGCAUUAAAAUUGUUCCCUUUAAAUUAAAUGGGCUGUGAGGAUGUCAUGACCUGGCAGGUACACGUCCAGUCCCUCCAGUGCUCACUGAGAUCAUGACCACAUCAGCGUAGAUGUAGCAUGGAAUUCAAGGCUCUGACGAGCCUCUCCAACGGCCCAUGUCUUGACUCCUGUGUCGGAAGCCGGAAGAUUCCCCCAAAACCAAAAUACCUCUUCCUUGUUUUCCUUAAAAGUAUUACAAUGCGUGACAACCCAAACAAAUCUGAAUCAGCAAUGUUGUUUUCAGAGGUGCCCCAUUUGUUCACUAGAACGAAUGUUUGUUUGUAAGGUUACAAGUUUAAAAAGAUUCCCCUUUAUAGACAGACUGACAACAACCCUGUGUUUCUUCGGAACUCUGUGUUAUGUGAGCCACAGGUUAUUAAUAUCCUGUAAUCCUGGAUAUAACUUUUUCCAAAGAAAAUCAUGAUGAAUCUGAUGUUUUGGCAUGGGCAUCUGCCGCUCCUUAACGUGAAGUGCUCAUUUGGAGAAGAGAUGCCUGUAUGCAAUUUACUUGUUUAUAAAGCUAAUGAUAUGAGCUAUGCAUGAAAGAGAGACUCCAGAGUUACCAGAGAACAUUCUGGGCUGUAGCCCACACCAAGACAGGCCUGCUCUCCAUCUAUUGUGACAGGAUUUUGCUCUAAAUUUCCCCUUAAAAAAAUAAAUAUGUAAGCCCCAUUUUGUAAUGCCAGAUUUCCUCCUGAAUGUGACAGGACAACCUCUGGUGCUGUAGCUCAGCUUCACCUGGUAAACCAGGUUCUGCUUAGCCUCCUCUCCCGCCCCCCCUACUGGCCCCCAACCCCCAGAACACUAUCCAUGCUGGAACGGUUGCAGUGUGAGAUCACUGAUUGUCAUUGGUAUAAUGUGUGUUGGAAGAAGAGGGAAGGCAUAAAGUUAUGUUUAUUAUGAUAAGCGUUCUUGCUGUUAGUAUUGUAUUUCGUUCAUUAAUCUGAACCAUAAUCUGUACUGUUUCCUGUUAAAUCCUGACUGGAACAUCCUGCAAUGUUGAGUAUUAGUGUAAGCUUUUUUUUGUUUUUUUUGUUUUUUCCCCUUCUACGAGCUUGUCAGGGCGCAGUACUGUUUUACACAACAGCCUUAUCUCUAUGGCCUCUGCACACUGUUCACUCAUUCCCACUUGUGCCUGCAUCUGGUGAGUCUGAGCGGCCUACUAGCCAAGGCGCUCCUCAGCUCAGGCCUGGCCGAAGGGUAAUCAGAAUAUCCGGGGUGCUGUUUCCAAAGACUUUUACUCUGGUGUCUCCGUUUUUGUUAAAUAUGAAUUUAAGUACAGAAUCUUAAACUUGUUUCAGCCCAACCUGUUAGAAUGUGUGUAUGACGCAACCUCUGUUAACCAUUAAACUGCAACUUCAGGGCAAACUAACAUGCAUGUAAAUGAGAAGGGUUACAACUCAGUGGAGAAUUCUGGCCUUGUGUAACCCCCCCCCCCCCCCCCCCCAACACACACGCACGCAUGCACACCAAAAUGAAUUUUGAGGCCUACAACUAAUUCUGAUUCCUUGCUAAGUGCAUUUUGUCAUUCCGCCUGGAAACAAAAAUCAAAUUACUGAGUGGUACUUAUGAGUUAAUAAGGUGACAGUGUGUGUCAUUUCCUUCCAAAAUGGAGGAAAUUGUUACGGGAUUAGACUAUCUGAGCCUACGCUCUGACCCUGAACAGCCUGAAUGUGGAUGAGCCUAGCCAAGCUUUCUGCUUUCUGCACAGCUAGGGGACGGGACCUGCUUUGUCUAGUUUUAUUUUUGCGUCCCAUACAUUUGGCAUACAUAGGGAAAGCACUGCUGCUAAUUUAGUAUUUCAGAAGUAUUUUCAGAUUCUUGUUUCAGUGUAACCCCUUCCCAGAAUGCUAGGUUGAGAGCCAGUCUUGUUUAUGAUAUCCAGUAUAUGUAGCUUCCAAUUAUGUAGUUUGCUGUCUUAAGUCUCCAAUGUUUUACGUUCCUAUCAACACUAAUUAAUCAGUACAGUCAUGUUUGACUCCUGGGCAUUUGCACCCAGACAAUACAAAACAGUCUCUCCAGAUCAUGUAUGAGGGAAAUUGGAAUUGAUCUUAUCUCAACGGUUCUUUCAGUAGAACACAGAGGUUCUGAACACUGGGACUCUGUAUUAACGGUGCUCUCAUACCUCCUGCCCUCUGCUCCACGUGGCAGAGAAGCACCUUGACACGCCCCAAAGCCCCCUGUACAGACCAUGUGCUCACAUCAUUCCUUAGAGGUCUAACCUCAGGACACACCCACACGACCUCCCAACAUCCCCGUGCCCCCUGAUGUAAGACAGCUGGGUUAGCAUGAAGGCUACCCAUCCGUCUGCCAGAAAAGCUGGCAAAAUCAGCUUCUGCCCAUGACUAAACUCUGUACACUGGGCUUCUGUCCACUUUGAUUUGAAAGCUGGUUGGUGUAUUUCUUAUGGGGAACUAUACAGUAAAGAAAAAGCUGUAGGAGGAAAAGAUGGAGAACUGGGGUUCAGUGCAUUAAUGGAAGUCACGUUAAAAUACUGCUGUAAAUUUGAAAGGUUCUUGCAGGGAUGGUUAUUUCUCUGUCUAGGCACUUGGGGCAGACGCUCUCGGGCCGGCUGUGUCAUGGAGUAGGUGGCCACAUCUGCCGGCUCUGUGUUAAAGCAUCUCUGUAACACCCUGAUCUCCAUCUUCCUACUCCCAUGAUAGUGUCUGUAGAACAUGCUAGUCCCCUUGUUUGCCUUUUCUAUUGCAUUUUUAGCAGGCAAAUAUAAUACAUUCCAAAAAAACAUACUUUAUCGGCAUUAAUUGUUGCUUUGUUUUUUGUUUUUCUUUUUGUGUAAUUUCAUAAACUUUUAUGUUAAAGAAACUGCCAUGUAUUAUGUUAUUACUAAAUUGUAACAAUCAUAGAUAAUAUAUUUAAUAUGGCAAAUAAAUUAUAGUCCUUAUAGUA